CAUACAAUACGCAUCCAUCCGUAACAGUAAUAUACGGAAGUUCGCCAACGUCAUGCCCGGCUUGAGGACCAUGCGGCAAGAUCCGGUGGAGAAUGUGUUCUCAUUCAUCUGCUCGUCAAACAACAACAUUGCACGCAUCACCCAGAUGGUCCACAAUCUGAAGCGAGUCUACGGCCGCGAAAUCUCACAUGAGGGUCUGGGUAUGUGCCAGCCUGAGUUGUAG